AUGAAGGCAUUACCGCAACACUCCAUACAAUCAGUCCAGCAGAUGAAAAGGAGCACUGAAGAUGCUCGGUGGUGGAUGGCUGGCAGUUUCAGCGGUGCUUUCGCUCAAGAGAGAUUACGGGAUCGACUUCCAACGAAGUUGGAUGCCAUCGUGCGUGGGUACGGUAUCUUCGAGUUCACUUAUACCCCGUCCAUAAUUGAGCUUGAGCGCACUCAGAACAUCUUACUCAGUAAGUAA